GGCGACCAUGCCAUGCGCCGUUCGUGCGCGCGCUUCUUGUCGUUCAAAAGAACGCCUUGGUUGAAGAAAGGCGAACUACUCGGAUUGUGUAUAGCCUUACCGGCCGUAAUUUCGAGAUUCGUUUAUUAUCUGGGUCUAUUUGAAGCAUGGGGAUAGUGGGAUGGGUGCCGAGUUACUGCUGCCUCUUGGUACUAGUGCUGAGCGUGACGGAAGAGGCAAGGUUGAAUGUGCCGCGACUUUUAUUACCGCAUCUUGUCGAAGUCGCCUCAAAUUUCACCCUUCACCUGGUGGAUGUGGAUGAGCGCAGCUGCUAUGAGUGGCACUCAAGCCGACCAGAGGUGGCAACCGUGUCCGCACAGGGCAACUGCUCACAGUAUGCGACAGUGUCGGCGGUAUGGGGCCAACCUAGGCGACAGACGGCCACAGUGUUGGCACGUGAAACAAGCACUGGUGAGACGCUGCGCUGCGAUGUGAUCAUCGACCAGCUGGCCUCGCUCAAGAUGUUGACCACGACGCGAGUGCUGCUGCUUGAGGACUCGCCUGAGCUCCUUGAAGUGCAGGGCUUAACCCACCAAGGGGACACCUUCUCCUCCAUUGAGGGCUUGUCCUUCGAAUGGAGCCUGCAACAGCAAGAGCCUGUGCUCAGGUUUGUGCCCGUGUCCGAGUGGCCGUACGAACUGCCGAGCCCUGGACUGCUCUUGUGGGAGUCGAGGGGCCUCCGUGGCUGGGCAGUGCUGCUGGAGGGCAGGGCGGCGGGCACGGCGCGACUGUCAGUGCGCCCCACGCACACAGCCUACAAGCACUUGGCAACUCAAGAUCUUGAGCUCCGGGUGGUGGACAGCGUGCAACUCGAACCCUUGGCUGUGUACCUGCUACCUGGCUGUCAGGCCUGCUUCCGGCUGCAGCGACUCAUGCAGGGACGCCCACCAAGCCCGGUGGCCCCAUCGGAGCGAUACACCCAACGCAUUGAGGACAGCCGGGUGGCACGACUGACGGGGCUGUGCGUGUUGGCCCAAAGACUGGGUCAAACACAGCUGCUGCUGACCAACGCACACCUGUCCGUGGAUGGCCGUCAGCCGUCUGCUGAUGUGCUCGUCGUCAAGCCAAGCUAUUUGCGCUUCUCGGUGUCCCCGGGAGAUGCUUGGGUACUUGAGCGUCAGGCCUUGUACUGGGUGCAGGUGCAUAUUUUUGAUGAGCAGCAUCAUCGGAUCCACGCCAGUGAGGGUCUCAACAUGGAUGUGCAUUUCCCGCCAGAAUAUUUCGAGGUGAACUACUCUACGGAAAACGGCACACUUCACUGGGUGCGUGCCCUUCAGACUGGCCGCACCGUGAUUCGGGCUGAGCUGGUGGGUUGCCGGCAGCCGGACGGGUCGCUGGUACCAGCCACGGCGUUGGGAGAGCAGUCAGUGUCCAUCCAAGAGCGGCUGACAGUGCAACCUGAGGAGGUUUGGCUGCCCUGGGAGCCCGAGAAGCAGCCAGCGUACACUGUAGAAGCGCACGCCUAUGGAGGCACGGGAGCUCCCGUGCGAUGGCAGCUGGACCAAGAAGCACCAGCAUGGGCCAGCAUCGAGGGCCCCACUCUGGGCCCAUCAGCCACAGUGAUGACUCGGGGAGGCCCUGGCCAGGUGCAGCUUGUGGCACGCGACAGCCACUUUGCCCCUGCCAGUAUGCGGGUAUCAAUCGUCCCUGUUGUUGAGCUGGAGGCCCACGGUGCUCCUGCGCUCGAGGCGGAGCUACCUGCUGGCGAGCUGCUGGUGGCCAUUGCUAUGUAUGGUCGUGACUCCGAGAACCAACAGCUGAGGCGGUUUGAUAACUGCAGCCAGGUGCCACUUGCCAUGGAAGUUCUGGACAAGGGAGUCCUCAAACCUGUGCCAGAUGUGGUGGAAGGAGGUCCACCUGUAGGGCGUGGCUGCACGAGUGUUCGGGUGCAGUGCCAGGCUGCUGGGCACACACGCGUGCAACUGAGCCAUGGCGCAUUGCAAUCCACCCUGCUGCUUGGCUGCUACGAGUCCCUGCAGGCUGUGCACCCGGUGAAGAGUGUCGCAGUUGCCUACGGGUCCUACAAAGAGGUGGCCUUUGAGGGGGGCCCCCGGCCCUGGCCCUUGCUGCCUUCAGGCCACCGUGUGCAAUUGUCGCCGAGCAAUGCUGACCCAGUGACCAUCAUGCGCAUCAUGGAUCCAUUCCAUAAAAACAGAGACCUGCACGUGUUUCGAGUGCUGUGCCAGGGACUCGGUGAAACGGACCUGAAACUCGUAGUGGGCAACAAUGCAUCGGCCACCUUGCCAAGCCCAGCUACCAGCCAGAAUUCCAUCAGGUUUGCAUGUUCCUUACCUGCAUCUGUGGAACUUCGGCUAAGUUCGUCGGCGUCAUGCCCUGAGAACAAGGUGCCAAGCAGCGGUGGUCCCCUAGAGGUGGAGCUUGUUGUGCGGGAUGCUGAUGGCCGGCAACUGGCCAACACAUCAUCUCUGGACGUGCUGUGGGAAGUGUCAGACCACACUCUGGCCAAGAUGGCCAGUGACUGGGACGUGGCGAGCCAUGUGGACGGCUCAGCUGGUUACCGUCAUGUUGUUCGGGACUUUCAGGUUCUGCAGCCGCAAGGGAAGACUGGACUGCUUACGGUGACUGCAACAGUGCUUGGCUUCAGUGUCCAGGUGCUCCAGCAGGAAGCCUUGCACCAGUACAAGGUGCAGACGGUGAGCGGCUCGUUGCAACUGGAGCUAGUGGAAGCUGCGCGCCUGUCAAGCAGCAGUGUGCGAAUGCUUGCGCACCCAUCCCAUCAGGUGAAUGUGAGCAUACUGGAUGGCUCGGGCCACUUUGCACUGGACGGUGCAGAUGGUGCUCCCGUGGCAGGGCUAACACUAUCUCAUAGACAGCUGCAGUUGCACGGCUUGAGGGAAGGUCGUGUUGAGGUCCACCUACGGGACCUCUGCCUGCCUCGGGCCCCCGCAUUGCCACUGCAUGUGUCGGUCGUGUGGCCCGCCCAACUGAGGCUCGAGCUGUCCUCCCCUCACGUGCAAGUCGGCGCUGAAGUGGAGGUCACGGUGCACCUGGAGGACACGGAGGGCAAGCCACUGUCCGCUUCGCUGGCCCUUGUCGACCAGACCGUAGGCCCUCUGUUCCUACGGCCCCUGGAGGAGGGACGCAACUGCCGCCGCUUUGCUAUUCGAGGCAAAGCCCUGGGCAGCGGCACCGUGCAGUUCAUGGCCGAGGCCUUCCCUAAACAGCUGUUCAGCGCCCCAGCCACCAUCCAUGUGUUCGCCCCACUUCGCCUGGAGCCCCGCAACCUGACCCUGCCUGUGGGCUCUGAAUUCCAGCUGGUCUGGUCGGGAGGUCCCAUCAACAUGGCCGUCAAGUUUGACCUAGUCGAAGAUGUGCCAUGCCUGUCUGUGUCGCCAAGUGGACUGGUGCAGGCACGGGGCCCACCUUGCCAGGGCCGCGUGCAGGCCGUGGCCGUGGCUUCUGGUGGCAGAGAUGAGACCCUGGUGCAUGUGGUGGCCAUCAAGGAGCUGGGACUGCACUGCCCCUUGCGUGAGAUCAUCCAGGGCACAGAGGUGGCUGUGCAUGUGGAGGCCUCGGGUGGCCUGGGUCCCAAGGUGGUGUGCCUGUCGGCCGAACUGACCCGCUCCAUGCGCUGGGUGGCUUCAGAGCACGGCCUGGUGUCCCUGGUGGCACCUCUGACACAAGAUGCACCUCCUGAUAGAUUGUGUGUGGCCCACGUACGCGCCCUCCUUCCGGGGCAUCUGGAGCUGCGCCUACAGUGGCGAAACCGCACUGCUGCAGUAUUGCCCCUCGAGGUGGUCCCGCGUGCAAAACUUCUAGCACCAGCCCUGGCACAGCCUGAGUCUCUGGUUUUGGGUCCUGGAGCACAGCUGGCCCUCGAAGUGUCAGGGGAGCCAUCCUUAGAGCCCAUGGAGCCCAGUGGCAUGUCUGUGCGACUGGAACGGCAACCACCCGUGCUGCAUGCCCUGUUGGCCCCUGGCUCUGCCCUGCUCUCGGUCCGACGAAAGUCGCAGCAGCGCAUCUAUCUGGUCCAGGUGGACACUGUGGCGUACGCUCUGGUACGGCCAGUCGGUGGUGAGCCUUGGGGUGCCGUCGAUGCGCCUCUGUCUUUGCCCGUUGGUCUGGAGCUCGUGGUGGAGGUACUACUUUACAACAGUCUCGGCCAGCGCUUCCACGCGACCAACCUAACCAUGGAGGCCCACAGCUCCCGGAGUGACCUUGUGUCGGUGGAGGAGCAGGAUGGUGACAGUGGUCGCUGGAAGCUGCGCGUGCGAGGCGCUGGCUGGACGCUGGUGCACUGGUCAGUCAGUGGCAGUAGCGAUGCCGAGGUUCUGCUGCCCCUGCUGUCUGUGGUGAAGGACGACCUGGCAGUCUACUGCUCGUGGGCGAGCGCUUUUGGCUGCAAGCACCAUUUGCUGCCGGCCACUGGGUCGCUGAGCAUGGUCCCUUGCGGAUCACAUCAGCUGCACCCGGCUGCGCGCUGGCCCACAUGGUACUGCCUGGGGGACGCUGGCCUGGCCCUGUGGACGGGUUCGCCCCAGGGACAGCUUCGACGCGCUUUGGAGGCGCAGCUAGCCACUAGAGUGCACCUGGAGAUCCCCAGCCUUGUGAAGGAAGAGGGCAUGCCCGUGCUUCUUCCAACUGGCCAGGAGCGCUUGCUGUUUGUUCGCUUCGAUGGGCGUACCUCCAGUGUUCAUGGUGAGCCUUGCACGACAGUGCUCACUUUGGAGGAGCAGGAAGAUUACGAUUCACCCUUCACCUGCUGGGUGCACUACAAGAAUGGUACAGAUGCUACGCCAGACCUGCUGGAAGUGUCGGCGGGCUUCAGCUUGGCCUAUGGCGGUCACUGGUGCCGGGUGCGGAGUGUCGCAGAGCCAGCCGAGCUUGAGCUCCCCCUGCUGGUUGGAGUCAGCCUGCCAGCCAAAGGAGGAGAGUCUGAGCCGGUCUCUCUGUCGCUGGUAGCGCCUAUCCAGCUCGUCCGCGUGGAACCCGUUGGAAGCCACGUUCAACUGGUCUACCUGGCCGGUCCCAGCGUGGCCACCAAGGUCCAGAUUCGGCGGCCGGACGGGGUUCACAUAGCCCCCUACAAGGCACCGGAGCGGAUUGGUGAAACUAGCCACUGGAAGGUGACGCUGCGGGCACCCUCGCACACUUCGUGGCUUGUGUUGGAGAGUCCAAGCACGGGGCAGAGGUUGCGUGUGCCUUUGGAGAAGUACAACUUAGGACAGGAGAGUGGAUGGAGUAGCUGGCUGCAAAACACAUUCUUUGUUGUUAUAGCAGCGGCUGCAGGUUUCUACUACGUGUUCUAUUAUCAGCGCCCCCCUGCCGAGCGCCCACCGGGCGCUGCUACCCCUAAUAUCAUGACAGCUGCUCUCAGGACACAUGACCAGCAGCAGCGGUCACCAAGCGGAGUGAUGCCUUAUAUCGGCCAGACUGAGCCGGUGCGCCUCUGGAGCAGGCUGGACAGCAGCACCAGCUGGUCCAGACCCUGCACACCAUCAGAACAGCCAAGCACAGCCUAGCCAAACUUACCAAAGCCAGCUUCAGCCAGCAGAGUUCAAGCCAAAGAACUGUGCUGCAAAGGCGGGGUGUGGUUGAUACAGGGGUUCAUUUAUAUUUAAUUGUAAUUGCGAGUAAGGGGCAGCUUAUGUGGAGCGACAGUGUGGGCAACUGGUGGACUCACAUUGACCAGCCACAAUUCGUCGGGAACAAAACAGAUUGUGCUUGGUCAAACCAGUGCUGUGACUUUAACGUUGUCAUUACUAUUAGUAUUAUUAUGAAGCACCUGCAAUUGCGAGUUGCUAGCAGUUUAGCGAGAGCAUUGGCAAGUGCUUUGGUCCACUUGCAAGGAUUGAACUCGAAGACAACAAAGCAAAUUGUCUGCACGUAGACACAUUGUAAUUGUCUGCCGUUCAAAUUACUGCCAUUAUUGUUUAAGCGUGAAUGACGUGUAUGUUUUUAAUUUUAUUGUUUGCAGUUUCAAUAAAGGAGGCAAGGAUGUUCAUGUUGUAGGUAAAGACUUUGAGAAGGCGAGUCUGGUGCUGCUAUAUGCGUGCUAGACAUUACACCAAAGAGGCUGCACUUACACUACCUCGGUGCAAGAAUUGUUGUCUGUUUUGAACAUACAACGUUUAUACAGGGACAUCCUUUCUUUUUAGGAACAAACACCCCAUUAGUAUUCAAGCACAGCUUAAAUUUAGUAAAAGCAGCUUAAGUUUGGCUUGAGACCCAGCAGACAAUUACUCCGUUAAUAGAUGCCAACAUUAGGUGUUGCAUAAGGCAGAUUUACCACAUGGUGUAGAACAAAUGCUGAAGUUAAACUUGGUUGAGUACUUAUCAGGCGUAGAUGACCCUGUAAGUACAUCGUACAAUUGUAAAUUGACAGCCGUUGAAGCAGCGCUCCAGUCCGCAGUCGACCAGCUGGCAACUACCACGAGCAUGCGUGCCAAGUUCGAAAGUCAGGCCAUGUUAACUUGCACUCAGUUUGGCUCUUGCAGUGACUUCUUGCUUUCUUUGUUAAUGUGCGCAUGUUGGCUACAUUAGCCAUAAGACCGGAGAACAAACUCUUUUGCAUAUUGAUGUCAUUAAAGAUGCACACUGCCGAUACAUCACUUUUUAGGCUAUUUUGACCACUAGUAUCUUGUCAUCUUGGUAAAGUCAUUAUAAUGUGUAUAGCAUGGUGGGCAGAGGCUGAGGAAUUGCUUUCAAAUAUGUUUAGUUUAUGUUCAAGGGAGAAAUAAUCUAUUAGCAUUUGCAUUCAUUUUAUAAAGUUUUUAUGUUCGUAAUAUUUGCAGCACUUUGGGUGUUCUUAAAUUUAGUUUUUAAGGUGUGACUGUGAUGCAUUUCCCAACUAUUUUUUGUCACUUUGCUUGUGUUGAUGGCGACAGUAAAAAAAAAAAAAAAAAAAAACAAGAUGACUUCGCGAAUGAGCAUCACUUUGUACCUGGCAAAGGUUGUGCCAUGUGCUUGUUCUUGUUCCUGCAUUCCAUUUUUCAUUCAUAGCAAGAGCUGAAUGAGAAAGUAAUGUAACCUGAGAAAUGCACUAAUUUUGUCAUUGUUACUGGCUUUUUUUUUUUUUUUUGUCUUCAUUUUCCGUGAACUAUGUUUUCCUGAGCAUGACAUCUAGUUCAUUAAACCCUUCAUUAGGUACUUCUGCUGGUUGUGGAGCUAUCUCUUUAGUCCUUACAUAUAAAUUGGUGUUAUUCAGUUUCCUACAGAAAUUAGCAGGGAGGACUGUGGCACUGCUGUGCUAUCAUGCAAACGAGAUGCAGUAUGCAUGAGUAUGUCUAGUCUUUGUGCUUCUGGCUUCAGACCUUGUGGCACUAUUUAAUGUUUUAUCUUUCUAUGUUAAUGCCAGUACUAACAUAUGGUUCAAUCGCAGCCUCAGCGGCCGCAUAGCUAUGGUCAUUAUGGCAUGUAAAACCCCAGAAUAUAAUAAUUUAUAAUAUAUAAUUUUAAUGAGGGGCAGAGACAUGGAGGCUAACGAAGAAGCUUGAGAAAAGAAAAAGACGUGCAACGAAUGGUGGAACAAAUAGU